AUGGUUUUGAGCCAGUACCUCUACAACACCAUUCUAUUUUGCUUGGUCAUCUUCGCCAUUCCAUUCGCCGUCCUAACUUACCUCAACUAUCGUCUGGUCAGUACGAUUAAAAUAGCUAGAGCAAGCUGGACGAAGCUGAAUAGAAAUCAAAAAAUUGAGCUAAAGGCAGCUAAGCUGCCGCUUGUCAUCGUAGCUGUGUUUUUCGUGUGCGCUACUCAAUCGUUUGUGUCAUUCUUGCUGGACGCCAUCAACAACAACAAAAACAACAACAACAAUAACAUCAACAACAACGACGUCGACAACAACAACAACGACAAAAUUAAAUUUUUCAGUAACUAG